GAAGCCACUUCCUUUUGGCACACCUGAGAACACACUGGACAUAGGCGGGGAUUGACAUCGACACCGUCCUCAGGUUCGUCAAAGACCGAGAGUCGCUAUGCCGGGCACGGGACAUAUUCCGUCGCUGUCAGCUCUCCAGCUCCCGCAUGACGACGCCCACAACCACCACAACCCUGCAAAGGACCAGUACCGGGUCGUGGUACUCGGGGCAGCUCGAGUGGGCAAGACAGCCAUCGUACAUCAGUUCCUCUACGACGAGUUCCCCGCGGACUACUUCGCAACUGUGGAAGAGUUCCACACGGGCGAAUACGAGCUGAACGGUGCCUCGCUCAACCUAGACAUCGUAGACACGAGUGGCAGCUACCCGUUCCCAGCCAUGAGGCGUCUGGCCAUCACCACUGCCGACGCGUUCGUGCUUGUCUACGCCAUUGACGACCCGGACUCAUUCGAAGAGGCUCGCCGCAUCCACGACCAGAUCACCGAGCUACACUCGGCCAAGGCGCCCGUGGUCGUGGUGGGCAACAAGUGUGACAUGCCCUCCGCGACGCGUCGUGUCCGAGGUGAAGUCGCCGAGACCAUCAUCACCAUCGACUGGGAGAACGGAUUUCUUGAAUGCUCAGCCAAAGAGAACAUUAAUGUGUUCGAGAUCUUCAAAGAGCUCCUAGUCCAGGCCAAGAUCCCGUACGACUUGAAUCCGGCCGUCGUGAACAAGAGGCGUCGCUCGCUUCCUGUGUACCCGACCAGUCCGAACAUCAAGGACAAGACGCUGCUCAAGAGGAACAGCUGCGCUGUUUCGUAGCUGCGUGGAUGUGAUAUCUAGUGUGACGUGGGCUUAUGUGCACCUGCUGGUAUCUACUGUGGCCGUGGUACUUAGCUCCCCACGCACUUCUUUGGAACUCAGAAGACGAACUCGGAGGCGAAAGGUACAAUAACACUGAUCUGUUAACGACGAACGUCUCCUACC